AUGGAUUCUUCUUCUCGAACAAGAUCUAAGAAUCCUACUACUACUAACCAUAAUCCCACCGGUUCGACCGUCCGUGACUCUUCCAAGACAGGAAAGAAGAGAGGUUCCAGAAGUUAUGACGACGGUGAUUGCAAUAACUUGCCUGUCAAGAAACCAAGAACGAUGGUUAUCCCUCACCAGACCGGCAACAAAAUCAUGGAACCAAGAACUCGGAGACUCUCCAGACAAUUCUGGAAAGCAGGAGACGACAAAGAAGAAGAACGUCCACCUCGCAACUGCGGCAACGAUGCAGCCAUCAGGGUCCAUCCUCAGUUUCUUCACGCCAACGCAACUAGCCACAAGUGGGCGCUCGGAGCAUUCGCCGAGCUUCUAGACAACUCUCUAGACGAGGCGUGUAACGGUGCGACAUACGUUCAUGUCGACUCAACAACUAACGCAAAAGACGGUAAGAGCAGCAUGCUCAUAGUGCAAGACAAUGGAGGCGGGAUGGAUCCGAAUAGGUUUAGAGAGUGUCUCUCUUUAGGGUAUUCAAGAAAACGUAAUAUCUCUAACAUGGUUGGUCAAUAUGGUAACGGAUUCAAGACUAGUACAAUGAGACUUGGCGCCGACGCAAUCGUAUUCUCGCGUUCUAGAGGAGCCAAUGGUGGUAACACGACACAGAGCGUUGGUAUGUUGUCGUAUACUUAUCUUUACGAGACGAGAAAGAGUGAAGCUGUUGUCCCCACGGUGGACUUUGAGUUGGUGGAUAACAACUGGGUCCCGUUGACACACGACUCUGAAGAUAAGUGGUUUGAUAAUCUCGAGACUAUAGUGAAAUGGGCUCCUUAUUUGUCUCAACAAAAUAUGUUCGACCAGUUUGAUUUACUUGAGGAGCAAGGUACUCGGAUUGUUAUUUAUAAUCUAUGGGAUGAUGAUGAAGGGAAGCUGGAGCUUGACUUUGAUACAGAUGCUCAUGAUAUUCAACUCAGAGGUGUAAACAGAGACGAGAAGAAGAUAGAGAUGGCUAAAGCUUACCCUAACUCGAGGCACUUCUUGACUUAUCGUCACUCUCUACGUAGCUAUGCGUCGAUUUUGUAUCUUAGACUUCCACCAAACUUCAGAAUCAUCCUACGUGGCAAAGAGGUGGAGCAUCACAGCUUGUUGGAGGACAUGAUGAUGACUGAAGACAUAACUUAUAGACCGGUGGCUUCUCCAGAGUUGUCACUAGAUGAAGACAUGGUUGCUGCUCUAAAGAUUGGCUUUGUGAAAGAUGCUCAUCAUCAUAUAGACAUACAAGGGUUCAAUGUCUACCACAAGAACAGGCUUAUCAAGCCGUUUUGGAGGGUUUGGAACGCUGCUGGAAGUGAUGGUCGUGGUGUUAUUGGUUUGCUUGAAGCUGACUUUAUACAACCAGCUCACAACAAGCAAGGGUUUGAGAGGACUGCUCUUCUUGCUAGAGUUGAGAAUAGGUUGAAUAAGUAUCAGAAGACGUAUUGGUGUAAGAGGUGUCACGAGAUUGGUUAUGCACCAAGGAGGAUGCAGAAGAAUGUUGAAAGUUGUGACAUGGAAGCUAGUCAAGUUACUAAUAAUGCAGCACCAGCUCAAAGCAGGCCAAAGAGAAACUCUCAGAAGGAGGCUACACAAACACAAGCAAGUGUUGCUAAAACAACACUUGAGAUUGGGCUUAGGAACAGGACAAAUGGGGUUGGGAUUCGAUCUCUCUCUCACCCUCACCCCACCCCUGCAUCAAUGGAGUCAGAUAACAGCACCAGCUUCACCUACAUGCGCCUCCGACAACUCCGACGACCUCAUCCGCCACCUCAUCCGCCACCUCGUCGCCCACCUCGACUCCUCCCACUCCGUCGACGAGCAGAAGCAAGCCGCCAUGGAGAUCCGCCUCUUCUCCAAGAACAAACCGGAGAAUCGGAUCAAAAUCGCCAAAGCGGGAGCCGUUAA